AAGUGCGCGCGAAGCGUGGCGGGUGCAGCGACUGGGGGGGCUAAAAGCGGCGACCUGCUGUCCCCAGGUGAGGCACUUUGGGACACAAUGGCGCUGAGAGUGUUCAAGCUGCGCGUCCUGGUUGAAGCGCUUGUCCUGCAGAUGACCAUCACGGCCGUUUUCACGGUUCCGGAGCGAGUGAAAGUGAAACAAAACCAGAGGUACAUCGGGGUCAAGAGCGGAGUGAGCGUGAACUUCAAGUGCUACAUAAGCAAGCCUUACAAGAUGGAGACAGUGCGAGUGCAGUGGUCGAGGCAGCACACUGACAAACCUGUGGAAUACCUCCGCACACACGACAUCCCCUGUGCCAACGGAACCGUCCUCGUCACCCGUUACCGGCAGCCGAAGGUGACCAUCGCGCAGAGCGGCGUGUAUUACUGCAGUGUGCUCCGUGGUGGAAAUCUAACGGAAAACGGCAUGGGCACGGAGCUCAAGGUCUACGGUUUCAUGAAGGCAACAGAUAUGAGGAGCAAACACACCAUGAAGGAAGCCAUCAUUUUCAUGCAGAUGUUCCUUCUGCUGGCCAUUUUGAUUGUGUCUGUGGUUGUAACGCUGGGUAAAAUGAGAAACAAAGCGGAUCCCGAGGAAUACAAUGAAGAACACACUUAUGAGGGACUGGAAAUCGAGCAGAUAGCCACUUAUGAAGACAUUGACACCGUGCGGCAAAUUGCAAAUGCCAAGUGGACCCACGGGGAACACCCUUGUGAAGAAUGAGCCCCCAAAUGCCUCCGGCUGGGGCUUUUACACGCUGAUUGAAGAAGGGUGGUCUUGUGCUUUCUGACAUCACAUCGCCUGCCAAUCAUGUAGCCCAAUGAUGGACAUGGCGUCGUUCUGCUGUCCCGCUGCAAGAGAGCCUUCAAGGCCACUGCUGCCUACGCCUUUGCUGACAGAGCGUCAAUAAGCUAAAACUGCGUUGGGGGAAUUUGGGGGAAUUGGGUGGGAUGGGGGGGUCAACUAGUUAUCGAAAGAUAAUAGACAAUAAGUUGAUAGACCGUGUUCAGUUUAGUACAAAAUGACUUCUAGCCCAAGUAGAGUGUCGAUUCAGGUGUUCUGUUACAAAGACAUAAAGACACCCUGGGGGUUCAGACUGCCACCUGAUGUGUUUUAAACAAACACUCGAUAAUCAGGGCCGGCUAGAUGUUCACCCGGGGUGGCAAAAUUUGGGCAUUUAAGAAACAAUAACAUAAAAUAAAAUACAGACCUACGAACACUCACACUCAAUACAACUGCCCAAUUAUAUUGUUUAAUACGAUUUUUGCAUACUAGCGAUGUUUGAUCUUAACGUCUGAUGACCUACACGAUCCAACAAUAACACAAACACCAACAAUGACACCAUAAAAAUAAAUAAUAGCAAUAAUGUAUCAUAGAAGACACUGACAAUGGCAAAACAAAACUGAACGAUCAAAUCGGCCACCCGGACUGCAGCUCUCGAAUGCACUGCACUGCUAACUGUGUUCAUCACCCCAGUGGGCUCCCAUUAAAACUUGUGUUAUUACUUGUGAAGUAUCGUGGUGACAUUCGCUCUUGGCUCGCUUAAGUUGUUCUCCAUAAUUCAUCUCUCGUGGGUAGAAAAAAAAAAACAGAGGUUGUGCAUCGAUGGGACGUUUAUAUUGCGUUGUUUGCAUAUGUGAGAAUACAGAAAAUAGGAAUUUUUGCCCGUGUUUCUUAUCUAUGGAUAAUCAUAAUACAUCAGUCUCAUUGAAUUUUGUGAUAAUAUAAAGUCUCUGAGUUUAUUUUAUUCAUUGAAAUGACAUUUACGUGUUGUGGUGCGACAUUUGUAGGAUCGAAACUAAGCGGUCACCAUCAGCGUAAUGUACAGGUUUGGCUGAAGGUGUAAACAGAAACCAAGAAAACAGUUUAUUACAGUGGAAGUGAAAAUAUCAUUCUUUAGAAAAAACAAAGGGGCACUGCCCCCUGCUCACUUCGCUCGCCAACCCCCAGCUAUGGGUA